AUCUGCUAUUAUCUACCUUAGGCUCCUCUAAAUAUUCUUUGAAGGAUUGCUCAACACGACCAAUCUCUCUCUCUCUCUCUGCAAAGGAAUUCCAUUUCUUUUGAUUCAAUUUGAAAGAAGUGGAAUAUCCAGAAAGGAAUUUCUUCUGAUUCAAUUUGAAAGGGUGGAAUAAAUUAAAAAAAAAAAAGAAAAAAAAAAAAAAGAAAGGAAGAGAAGGAGUAUCGCAGAGACAAACCAAAGAAAGGUUGAGCACGUCCUCUAUUCCCAUUUUUGGAUAUUCAUCUUCUUAGAUCUUAGCUUCAUUCAAUUUUUGCCUUCUUGGCUUCCCUUUAAUGGAUUGUAAGAUUGAAGCUUGAAUGUGGAAAGAAGGAUCGAAUGAAUUCAAACUAAAUCCAGCAUUUCCCAUAAUCACUGUCUUAUUGGUUCCUGCUUGAUUUUUCUGUAUAGGAAACAUGGAGUCAGAUCAAGGUAAACUAUUUAUUGGCGGGAUUUCCUGGAACACAGAUGAGGAUCGUCUUAAAGAAUAUUUUGGUGCAUACGGAGAAGUCAUACAGGCAGUGAUCAUGAAAGAUCGUAUCACUGGCCGUGCUCGUGGCUUUGGUUUUGUGGUCUUUGCUGACCCUGCAGUUGCUCAAAGAGUGGUUAAGGAAAAGCAUACCAUUGAUGGACGAACCGUGGAAGCAAAAAAAGCUGUUCCAAGGGAUGAUCAACACUUGGUAAAUAGAAACAGUAGUAGCACUCAAGAAUCACCAGGUUCUGGACGAACUAAAAAGAUUUUUGUAGGAGGCCUAGCAUCGACCGUAACUGAAAGUGACUUUAAAAAUUACUUUGAUCAAUUUGGUACCAUAGUGGAUGUUGUAGUGAUGUAUGACCACAACACUCAAAGGCCAAGAGGUUUCGGAUUUAUAACAUAUGAUUCCGAGGAUGCAGUGGAUAGAGCAUUGCACAAGAAUUUUCAUGAACUCAAUGGUAAGAUGAUUGAGGUAAAGAGGGCUGUACCGAAAGAAUUUUCUCCGGGGCCCAACCGAAGUGCCCUUGUUGGGUACAAUUACGGUUUAAAUAGAGCCAACAACUUACUGAAUAGCUUUUCCCCGGGAUAUAAUCUGAACUCUCUUGGAGCCUAUGGUGUUGGGGUGGAUGGGAGGUAUAAUCCACUUGCUAGUUCUCGUUCCGGGUUUUCACUUUUAGGUUCUCGUGCAUAUGGAAUGGGCGUCAAUAUGGAUCAAGGAUUGAAUGCUGUGCUUGGAGGGGGUUCAAACUUCAGCAGAAAUCUUGGUUACGGGCACAUUCUAAACCCCUAUUUUGGUAAUAAUCAAAGCAGGUACAAUGUUCCCAUUGGUUAUAGCACAGGUAGUAGUCGAGGUGAUUCCACUUACAAUAUGUCAUCCAGAAAUUUGUGGGGAAAUAGUGCCCUUAAUACUUCUACAACUAAUGGUAGCUCUGGUUCAUACUUUGGUUCGGGAAGUGGCGGCUUUGGAGUCUUUGGAAAUAAUGGUGCAAACUGGGGAACUGCUCAUAUUGCUGCGUCACUUGGGGGGAGUUCUUCUGGCUUCUCUGAUGGGAAUGUUGGCUAUAGAGGUGGAGAAAACAGUUAUGCAAUUGGAACUGGAGGAUAUGGGAGGAACAGUGGCACAGUUGUGCCCACAGCAUCUUCAUUUGCCACAUCUAGUGGAAAUUACGAAGGAUCUUACGGAGAUUUUUACCGUAGUGGAUCAGUGCACGGGGAUCCAACAUGGCAAACAAUGUCUUCUGAGCUAGAAAAUUCGGGUUCAUUUCGUUAUGGACUGGGAAAUUCAGAAGAUGUCUCUGUCAAUGAUUCUGAUGAUUUUGGGGUUGGCUAUAAUAUUGCAAGUAGACAAUCCACUAAAGGAAUUGCUGCAUAGGAAGCAUCAGAAUUUAAAUAGCUACAGAUAAUUUGGAGAAGAGGCUUCAGAAAACACUUGGAUUGUGAACUUCGUAUGUAGCCCUCAUAUAUAUACAUACCUCAGCAUAUAAUGAUGUCAUUACACGCAGCAAACAGGGGUUGGUUCAGAGUAGAUGCUUUCACAGAGAGCGGUGUCUAAUGAUGUCGUGAAGAUUUUAGGUUUAAUUUCUAUAAAUUACCCAGGUUCUUUUGUCAAUUUAGACUGAGAUGUAAAUCAGAUUGCGGGAUACACUUUGGAGAAUCCAUUCUAGUUAAUUUGUUGUGCUCCUCUUCAACAAGAUAGUACCACUGGUAAAGCAUAAAAAAGAUGGAGAAUUCUUUUUUGUAUUCUUUUUCUUGUUUACUUUUCGCCAACUUUGAUUAGUGGCGAACUUUUGAUUUUAUAUUUUUCUAGGAUUUGCAUUUUAAUCAAAUUGUAUGUGAGGUUGAGUUCGAUUUGUUAGUGUGUAAUAGGAGAGAGCUGGCCAUCUAGGCUUCUGUUCAGCGAACGAUUCAUUAAUUUACAGGUGGUUCUGUAUUUGACGAGUUUAAAACUUCAUUUCUGUAUGGAAACAUAUAAUAUGUUCGGUUUUCUA